AUGACGAAGAAUGUUGAAACGGAUGAUAUCUGUAGUCGAAUAGAACGACUUGUUAUUGAAUAUGAAAAAUCACGUGAACCUGAAUCGACCGAGAUUGGUCAACAAUUUGCUCAAUUACAACGAAUUAUGUUCUCAACGAAAGAAAACUGUCCAUCUAUCGAAGGUGCCAAACCAUCGAAUCGUUCGAAAAAUCGAUAUAAAGAUGUAUUACCAUAUGAUCGAUAUCGCGUGAUACUUGAGAUGGAGAAUCAAUCGGAUUACAUCAACGCUUCAUUUAUCGAAGAUCUGUAUGGAACUCGUCGGUACAUUGCUGCUCAAGGUCCUAUCAAUGAUUCAGUGACUGAUUUUCUUCGAAUGAUUUGGGAAUUUCAAAUCACGUCAGUUAUAUGCACAGCAAAUGAAAUUGAAGCUGGAAGGUUGAAAUUUCGUCGCUAUUGGCCAGAAGAAGAAACAGCGCUCCAAUUCGGACCAUAUUCUGUUACCAAAGAUGAAACCAACGAAAAAGCGUUCAGUUGUGAACACUAUAAUAUUCGUCCAUUGAUAAUCACACAUGGAGAAAAUCAACGGCACAUUUUACUCUAUCAUUUUCUACACUGGCUUGAUCACGAUGUUCCUGAUGAUGAAGCACCUAUACUUGAGUUACUUUUACGAUUAUAUGAUGAUCGAAGUCUUUCACCUGAAACCCCCAUACUCGUACAUUGCAGUGCUGGCUGUGGUCGAACCGGAAGUAUAAUUGCAAUUGACCUGUGUCGUCUACUCAUUCGAGAUGAUCAUUUGUUUCUCACCAACACUUAUCAAACAUAUCCAAUCUAUCAAAUAGCUUUGCAUAUCCGUCAAUUCCGUAUUGCUCUCAUUCAAACGGCUAAACAAUUCUCGUUUGUGCACAAAAUGUUUGUAUUUAUGAUGAAACAGGCUGACAAAAAUUCAUUAUACUCACUAUCAAAUAAUGUGAAAAUUAUACCCAAACACGCAUUAUCUGCAACGAAAUCUUCACCGCCGUGCACAGCACGCCGUUCAUCCAACUCAGGUCCAAUAAAAUUACAAAAUCCACCUGCUGGUCGUCGUUCUCUGAGUGGCACAAAUACAAAUAAAACUGCGCCUCCAGCUAUAUUACCAUCCGAUUUCUACAUGUCAUCAUCGAAGCCAAGUUUAAUGGAUGAGAAAUCUCAGAUACCUGAUCAACCACCUCCUAUUCCACCGCGUUCUUCACUAAUGAAUUCAGUUAAUAAACCAGUUGAAGGUCAAUUUGUUCGGUUAGGUGAAGUUCCUGUCCAAGCAAAACGACCUAUACUUCGAUCAAGAAACGUUAAACGAAGAGAACCGAUGAGCACGAACCCGCCUAUCAUACCACGAACGACGCGAUCCGACUCCGCUGAUGCUCUUGCUGUUCCAUCGUUGAAAAAUCAUCGCAACAUUAGAAGUAUUCAUUAUCGCCAUGCAAUCAUCGAGCCAGAUCAAGGGACAAAUUCAGAUUAA